GUUUCAAAUUAUAUGAGCUCAGACCUACUGGAGAGAAGCUGCGUAUCCAUAAACGUUUCUGCGAUUUGGGGAUUAAAAUUAGGGUUUUGGAUUGUGAGAGAGAGAGAGAGAGACUAUGGGAGACUCCGUCUGUCUUGCGAGAUCCUUCUCGCAACCUGCAGAUACUUCGUCGCACGAGGUGAUUCCUCGUGGUGUGCUGACGGAAUCAGUAUCCUUCGGUAGAUUUGCGUCGGAGACGCUACAGUGGGCGAAAUGGUCGGCUUUUACUCAGAAUCGUUACUUGGAAGAGGUUGAGAGGUUCACGAAACCUGGUUCUGUGGCUGAGAAGAAAGCUUUCUUUGAAGCUCACUUCAAGAACCGAGCGUCCGGGAACACCACAAAGACCAAGAAGACCCAAGAAGUACAGAAAGAGAAUCUUGUUGAUUCUGAAGUACCACUUGUGAGUGAAGUAAGGCGUGGAGAUGUGGUGUGUAGUGCUGUGAAGAUUAUUCAUGAAACUGUGUGUGAAGUACCGGAAGAGAAUCUCGUUGAUUCAGAGGUAACAUGUAUAGAGGUGUUUAGUGCUGAGAUGGGUUCUGUUGCUCCAUCGGUUUCUGUAACCGAUGCAAUUUCUGAGAAGUUUGAUUCUGUGGUUGUUCCUGAAGACGAGGAUCUUGACAAGGAAAAUUCUACUUCCUUGAGCAAAGAAAGACAUCCUAGUUCUUCUUCAGGAUCAAAGACCAACAGUAGAAGUUCAAUCCCGGAAUCCUCCUUUUCUGUAGCACUUGAUCUGCCACUUAAGAAAGCCAGGAAAGAGCCACUUUCGACUAGGAAAAGGUCAACUAAUGUAUCGAGAAACCAAAGCAGAUCACCUCCUCAACCCUUUCACAUGUCAAUCAAUUGUGCUCCUACUGAUAAUUCCGGCAAAAAGAUGCACCAGAGCGGUUCUAGAAGCAGUACCAAGGUUAAAGAUGCAUUGAAAGCAGAUAAGGAGAGAUCAGGUCCAAGUUCAGUGCACAUGCCACUCAACUCUGCUACCUCUACUCGUCAAACGACCAAAACAGCUCCAAAAAGGCUAGCAAGAAGAUCCACUACACAGAAAACAAGUUCAUCAAAUGCUGGAACCAGUGCAAAACCGAAGGGAAACGAACCAACAGUAGCUUCAAAAGGUCGCAAGAGACCAUUGUCUAGAGGAGCCAAAGAAGAUUCAGAUGUUCCAAAAUGUUCAACCAGAGCCUCUGCUUUAGGGUUACCAAAACUUCCUCCUCCUCCUCCUAAUAGUCGGCCAUUAGACGAGAAAAGGAAAAACAUAACUGUAGGUAGCUCAGUUUCUAGCAGAAUACCAAACAAUGUGCAAAGACAGCCUUCUGCCAGCUGCGAGAAUCUUUCAACUCAUAGCAGAACCAGAGCAAAGUCUUUCACUGUUUCUACUCCCUUCAACUUCAGAAGUGAUGAACGGGCUGAAAAGAGGAAAGAGUUCUUCAAGAAGGUAGAAGAAAAGAAAAAGAAAGAAGAUGCUGUCAAAGAGCAAUCGUCUUGUGGCUUCAAGGAACAUCAAGAAUUCAAGAACCCGCAAGUUGGUGGUUUUCAGGCACCAAUGAUAAGUCUCACUUCACCAAGCGUCCGCAGGAAUCAAACUCCAGGAAGAGAGAACAUACAAAAGUCUCGUGAAUCUCCCCAGAAAGUUGCCUCAGUGAAGACCACAAACGCCAGAAAUCCAACGACGGAGAAGUACAAACGCUGCAAGAUUCAUCCCUCGCUGACAAAGAAGAAAACUCAAGAAGAUUCGUCUCCUAAUGUUCUCUAGAAGUAAGGUGCGUACGUCAGAGACAAACCCUAUCAAUCAUAUGUUUCGUUUCCUCUUCUUCAACACAGCUGAUAUUAAAACACACACCAGAUGAUCAUCAUGAAGAUUCAGCUUUUCACGUUGAAGAUUUUGAAAAGUUUGUAGUUUCAGCAUGUAACCUUGUCAAGCUUAUGAUAUAGGUAACUAGACUGUAUAACGUAAGCUUUUAAGGAGCUGUGUAGUGCAUUAAGUAGAACUUAAUUCUCCAUAUAACUAUGUACUCAAUACUUUUUCUUUUAACUAAUGAUAA